AUGGCAUUUGGACUAUUUCAACGUGUAACAUCAUUUUUUGUGCCAUCUGUACAAGCUAUAUCGUCGUGUAUUUUCAUGAUGUUAAUUUUGAUUCAAGUCGACGCACAGAUCCGCUACUCAAUCCCAGAGGAGAUGAGGAAGGGCUCUCUUAUUGGUAACGUUGCACAGGACUUGGGUUUGGACAUAAAAAGGCUUCGUUCUGGCCGAGCUCGUAUCGUGACUGGAGAAAAUGUUCAGUACGCCGAGCUGAAGACAGACAAAGGGACUCUGGUGGUGAAUGAGAGGAUAGACAGAGAGCAGCUCUGUGGAGACGUGACGCCCUGCAGCUUCACGUUUGAGAUUUUACUGGAAAACCCGAUGGAGUUACACCCUGUGACUAUAGAGGUGCUGGACAUAAACGACAACGCUCCUACUUUUCAGAGUGAACAACUGGAUUUUGAAAUUGGUGAAACAGCAAUAAUAGGAUCGCGCUUUGACUUGGAGGCAGCAGGCGAUGCCGAUGUGGGGGGAAAUGGCUUACAAAACUAUAUUUUGACUGCAAAUGAUAAUUUCGUUUUAAAGCAGCACGUUAAUCCUGACGGUACGAAAUAUAGUGUGAUGGUCCUACAAAAUUCGUUAGACAGAGAAAAAGAACCGCGCCUUAACCUCAAAUUAGUGGCUGUGGAUGGAGGAACUCCGCAGAGAUCUGGCACAGUAAAUAUCAAUAUAGUUGUCUUAGAUGUCAAUGAUAACGCUCCUGUGUUUAAUCAAAGUAUUUAUAAAACAUCUGUGCCUGAAAAUUCUUCCAAAGGCACACAUGUUGUUACAGUAAACGCCAGUGAUAUUGACAUGGGGGCAAACGGAAAAGUAACAUACUCUUUUUCAAAAUCUAAGCCGCCAAAAGGCGGUUACUUUAACAUAGAUCAAAUUACUGGAACAAUUUUUGUGGAAAAAAACAUGGAUUAUGAAAAGGAUAAUACGUUCGUGUUUAGGGUAGAAGCCAAAGACCAAGGUGGACUCACUGACACUUGUGAAGUUGAAAUACAUAUUACUGACGUUAACGAUAAUGCACCAUUGAUUAACUUAAUGUCUUUUACUAGUCCUGUGUCCGAGGACUCUCCCGUAGGGACAACCAUCGGUAUAAUUAAUGUUAAAGACUUGGAUUCAAAUGAAAACGGACUGGUGAGAUGCACAGUUGAAGGAAACGCUCCUGUCGAAAUAAAAGUCAGUGUUAGAAACUAUUACGCGCUGGUUACCAAUGCCCCAUUAGACCGGGAGCGUUUGUCAGAAUUUAACAUCACAGUGAUCGCCUCAGACUCAGGAAAGCCUUCACUCUCUGCAACACAGAUGUUUCAUCUAAAGGUCUCUGAUGUGAAUGAUAACUCUCCAGUGUUCUCAAGUACGCUCUACAGUACUACUAUAACUGAGAAUAACUCCCCUGGCUUUUCUGUGCUAAGUGUCGUUGCUAAAGACCCGGAUGAAAACCAGAACGCGCAUGUGUCAUAUAUUUUAGAGGAGUGUGACAUUGGUGGCUCUCCUGUUUCUGGUUAUAUAUCUGUCAAUUCAGAAAACGGAGUUAUUAGUGCCGCGCGCUCAUUUGAUUAUGAACAAACCAAAGAGUUUGUGUGCGUAAUCAAAGCGCAGGACGGAGGCUCUCCUCCUCUCAGCAGCAAUGUGACUGUGAAAAUCCUGGUUCAGGAUCAGAACGAUAACGCCCCUCAGGUGCUGUACCCAGUCCAGACUGGGGGUUCUCUGGUGGCUGAGAUGGUGCCUCGUUCAGCAGAUGUGGGCUAUCUGGUCACUAAAGUGGUGGCUGUGGAUGUGGACUCUGGACAGAAUGCCUGGCUCUCCUAUAAACUGCAGAAAGCCGCAGACAGGGCGCUGUUUGAAGUGGGCUUACAGAAUGGAGAAAUAAGAACUAUCCGCCAAGUGACUGAUAAAGAUGCAGUCAAACAGAGACUGACUGUUAUAGUGGAGGACAACGGGCAGCCCUCUCGUUCAGCUACAGUCAUUGUUAACGUGGCGGUGGCGGACAGCUUUCCUGAAGUACUGUCUGAGUUCACUGACUUUACGCACGACAAGGAGUACAAUGACAACCUGACUUUUUACUUAGUGCUGGCUCUGGCUGUAGUCUCCUUUCUGUUCAUCACGUGUGUAGUGGUCAUUAUAUCAGUGAAAAUCUACAGAUGGAGACAGUCUCGCAUCCUGUAUCACUCCAAUCUGCCAGUGAUCCCAUAUUAUCCUCCACGUUACUCAGACACUCUGGGCACAGCGACUCUCCCACACGUGUACAAUUACGACACGUGCAGGACCACAGACUCCAGAAAGAGUGACUGUAAGUUUGGCAGAGCUGGUAGUCAGAACGUGCUGAUAAUGGAUCCCAGUUCAACAGGGACGAUGCAGCGGAUACAGAGUGAGAAGAGCAUCCUGGACGAACCAGACUCUCCUCUAGAGGUUUGA